AUGUCCCUCUCGGCUGCUAUCGACAGUGUGAGAGAAUGGACUGUAGGAAUCCUCAUGAUGGUUAACAGCUCCAGAAUUCCUCGAGGCUCACUGCCCUACCUAACAAUGGGGUACGACCCGCUGUCGUGCUUAAUCGCCUGCCUUUGCACCUCGGUCACGGCCUGGCUGUCGAUGGCAGUCCGGGCUUAUGUGCGGAUACACCUGUUUAGUGGGCCCUGGCUCGAUGAUGUCCUGGCUUUUAUUGGAACUAUCAUCUUUACGGCUGUUGCCGUUUUGUUCAUGGUCAAUUCAUGGAACCAUUUCUCUGCCGACGAGUAUGGGUUGAGCCUAGAGAUGCAGAUGACGGGGAUCAAGUUGAGCUUCAGCACCGACAUGCUAUAUCUCCUCGGUACCUUUGUCAUGAAGCUGUCCUUUGCCCGAACCCUCACCCGCAUCGUCCAAACGCCCCGUCAGACCAUCGUCCUCUAUGCGACCCUAGUGGCGGGGGCCAUUGUCACCGUGUCAACAAUCAUCCAGGGGCUCCUCUACUGCCAACCUCUCAACUCUCUGUGGGAACAACUUUCCGGAUCAGGUAGCCACGGCGACUGCCAGGCCGCGUGGACCCGGACUACCGCUGCCCUGGUUCAUGCGGCGUGGGUCUUGACGGCGGAUGUGAUACUAGGCCUUGUACUCCCCUGUAUCUUACUACGGGGAUGCAAUAUGAGUCUGCGAACAAAAAUCUCGGUCCAUGUUCUGCUCGGGCUGGGAUCAAUAGCUGGAGUUGCAACGAUUAUCCGAAUGCCGUACAUCGCAACAGGGCUCGGUGCCAACCUAAAGUUAAACAACCUUGCCGCCCUGUUCUGGGAGAUGACCGAGUUGGCCAUAAAUAUCAUAUGCACAGCCGCAGCAACGUGGAAGCCCCUAUUCCAGAAACAGGGGCGGAGAGAGCCGGUUGGGCGCGAACUGGCGAGCAGGAAGUCUCGAUUGGCGGGGGUUAUAGCGCUUGACUGGCCGCAUGACUCACAGGAGGGUCCGUUUAGUUCUAGCGAUCCUGGUAUACCAUAA